CUAGAGACCCUAGUUGUUGUAGUCCUUUAGAAAAUCAGACUAGUAGGUCUACGUGUUGAGGAGCAGAAUCAUCUGUGAUUGUGCCCUAUCACCAUGGUGACCACCAGGAGCAGAACUAGCACGGCCCCCUACAGUAAGGGUCAAGAAGAGAAAACUGCCACCAUCCUCAUAGAAAAGAAGGAGAGAAUGGAGAAGGAGUUCAUUAAGCAGGCGAAAAUGCUAGCCCUGCUAGAAGAACAGGCGGCGAAGAAGAAACAGAUGGAGGAAGAACUAGAAAGAUGGAAGGAGCAGGAGGAGAAUCUGGCGGCAGUCGAAGCAGAAGUAGAAGAAGACGAAGAAAUAGCAGAAGACAAAGAGACUGAAGAGGAAGAAGCCCUGACAAGAAGAAGAGGAGAGGCAAGUUCUAGUCGUGCUCCACCAGAGGAGGAGGAAAGAGCAGCUAAGGAAUGGGUGGCGCAUUUAUUAUUGGGAGAAGAAAGAGAAGUGGAGCUGAUGAUUCCCCAGGCCGAGAGGGCGGCUGUAACUAAAGAGUUGGAAGGAGAGGUUGACCCCCUGCGCAGACAGGAAAAGGAGCAGGAGAAGCAGUUGGGAUGGAAGUUGACCCUGGCGCAAGAAAGAAUAAGGCGCUUGGAAGUUGCCAAAAAGAUGGAGAGGCGGAUUAAAGCGGUAGAGACAAGAAUGGGAAAGAUCGGGGAAGAGACCGAAUUAGGACAGAAACUUCACACCCUGACUCAUAGUGUAAAUUCCCUACUAACCGCCCAGCAAGAGCAGCAAAAGCAUAUCCGCGGCCAUGAUAUCGCGCUUGAGACUGUAUAAGCCAGAUUCAAGCAAUUCGCUCAGGAGAUGAUGACAUAUAUAGUGGAUCAAAUUCAUAUCGUGAUAGGCAGGACAAAGA